AUGAGCCGACUCAUCGUUGAGACGGAGAACAAUCCCAACCAGCCGAGGUUCCUUGAGGGAAACCCACUCUUGUCGUAUCUCGAGUGCGCGGCGGAGUAUGGGGACAUGGACGAGAGUUUGAGGGCGCAGAUUAGAGAGAAGGAGUGCUGGCCUGCGCUGGCUGAUGAGUUUGGGCAGGAUCGCAUACUGCAGACUUUCCUCAAGACCACUCAGGCUGUGGAUAUCUUUAAUGGCGGAAUCAAGUAUAACGCUCUACCAGAGAUGGACUUUUUCGAAGCCACCCAGAAUACGCUCAAACGCCUUGACAAAAUCCUUCGCCCCUUGGCGGCCGAGUACAAUAUGAGUUUUGCCUCUUUCGGCGAGACGCCGACGACAGAUGAGAACUUGAUCCAGCUUGAUACGAUGGGGAUCAGGCUGGAACCUGCUCCUAUCACUCUUCCCACUGGCCAUGCCUGGGACUUGAUGGGCGGCACUAUCAAGCACAUCUUCCCGGGGGCUGUUGUGGUACCUUCGGGUAUGACUACUUUCGCUGACACACAAUACUUCUGGAAUGUGGCCACCCAUAUCUACCGCUUCGCCCCGGCAUCGCUAGAGAUCAUCAAGAACUACCACACAGUCGAUGAGCGUAUACAUGUGGACGCGUCCAUGUCGACUAUACAAUUCUUCUAUAAGGUUAUGAGGAAUUCUGUUGGCUGGCAGAGCCCGUAG